GGCAUGCCCCGGACACUGAGCGCCUCCGACAUGGUCACCCCUGGCAGCCCUGGCCCACCCCCCACUGAGCCCACAGAUGGCGAGCAGGCUGGGCAGCCCCUCCUGGAUGGGGCUCCCUCGUCAGCCUCCCUGGACACCCUGAUCCAGCACCUGGUGCCCACGACUGACUACUACCCCGAGAAAGCCUACAUCUUCACCUUCCUCCUGAGCGCCCGCCUCUUCAUCGAGCCCCGGGAGCUCCUGGCCCGCGUCUGCCACCUGUGCAUUGAGCAACAGCAACUGGACCAGCCUGUGCUGGACAAGGCCCGGGUCCGGAAGUUUGGCCCCAAACUGCUCCAGUUGUUGGCCGAAUGGACGGAGACAUUCCCGCGGGACUUCCAGGAGGAGUCGACCAUCGGGCACCUGAAGGACGUGAUGGGCCGCAUUGCCCCCUGUGAUGAGGCAUACCGAAAGAGGAUGCACCAGGUCCUGCAGGCUCUGCACCAGAAGCUGGCCACUCAGGGCCAGGGCCCGGAAGGCCUGCUGGGUGCCGACAAGCCCAUCUCCUACAGGACCAAGCCACCGGCCUCCAUCCACCGGGAGCUCCUUGGCGUCUGCAGUGACCCCUACACUCUGGCCCAGCAGCUGACCCACGUGGAGCUGGAACGGCUGCGGCACAUCGGGCCUGAGGAGUUUGUCCAGGCUUUUGUGAACAAGGACCCUUUGGCCAGCACAAAGCCUUGUUUCAGUGACAAGACUAACAAUCUGGAGGCUUACGUGAAAUGGUUCAACAGACUGUGCUACCUCGUGGCGACUGAGAUCUGCAUGCCGGCCAAGAAGAAGCAGAGGGCCCAGGUGGUGGAGUUCUUCAUCGACGUGGCCCGUGAAUGCUUCAACAUUGGCAACUUCAACUCUCUGAUGGCCAUCAUCUCCGGCAUGAACAUGAGCCCCGUCUCUAGGCUGAAGAAGACCUGGGCCAAAGUGAAGACGGCCAAGUUUUUCAUCCUCGAGCACCAGAUGGACCCAACAGGGAAUUUCUGCAACUACAGGACAGCCCUGCGGGGGGCAGCCCACCGCUCCCUGACCGCCCACAGCAGCCGUGAGAAGAUCGUCAUUCCCUUCUUCAGCCUGCUCAUCAAAGACAUCUACUUCCUGAACGAGGGCUGCGCCAACCGCCUCCCCAACGGACACGUCAACUUUGAGAAAUUCCUGGAGCUGGCCAAGCAGGUUGGAGAGUUCAUCACAUGGAAACAAGUGGAGUGUCCCUUUGAGCAAGACCCCAGCAUCACCCACUACCUGCACACCGCUCCCAUCUUCAGCGAGGAUGGUCUUUAUUUGGCUUCUUAUGAAAGUGAGAGCCCAGAGAACCAAACAGAAAAAGAGAGGUGGAAAUCUCUAAGAUCUUCUAUUUUGGGGAAGACGUGA